UAGCGCCCUUAAGGGCAUAGCGUGCAGUUAGUCAGUCAGUCCAGUUCACUCAGUGUACUACCUAUAUACAUUCUGUUUUUCCACUGAACCUUCGUUGCGAGUCAAGUUAAUUAAGUGCAAAUGAGCAAGUCCUUCUGGCAACACCGCUUCCACGUGCAUCACGUUCCGAAGCUUCUGCAACCAGAUAACAUGAAGUUGACAACAUCCUCCCUUUCCGAAUCCCAAAGAAGGAGGCGGGCCCUGAAACGGCUCCGCUAUCGCCGCAACAAGCGAGUUCGAUGGACGUCAAACCGGCCGUCAGAAGGGACAUCCGCGGUUUUGCAAUUGAAGGAUGAAGCCGUGAAUUCUUCGGAGAUGGACUUCACAAUGAUUUCCUCCUUUUCUCCUCCUGGUUUUCCAUGCUCGGAGAUAGACUUCAUAACAUAUUUCCUCCUCCUCCUCCUUCUCCUUUCCGAAUUAACACAUACACGCACACACACAUACUUACAAAUGUAA